UCUUCAUUUGUCCCAAAUAGAGAACUCAGAUUCAGUUCUUCAGCUCUCAAGAACUCAAAAUUUGUUCUUCAGGUUUUUAAUAAAUGAUUUUUGUUCUUUGAAAAAUUGAAAAACAAAUUUUGGGUUCUUGAGAGCUGAAGAACUGAAUUUGAGUUCUCUAUUUGGGACAAAUGAAGAACAAAAUUCGCGUUGACUUUUCAGUUCUUUGAAAAACUGAAGGACACAUUUUUUUAAGAGUGUAAGUGAUUUUGGCCAUUCUCCAAAAGCAAUUAUGAAGGCAAAAUUGAAAAUCUAUCUUUUAUCAACACAGUGGGUGAGUGCUCAAGAUAUCACAGUCGUGCCUUGGAGUAGAGAAAGGAACGAAGUCGCCAGAAAUUUGGGCAUGUUUCUAUGAAAAAAAGAAUUUCAAGUCAUGACUUGUCAUCUGUCCUGACUUGAGAAAGUUCUUUUGAGUUGGAAUCCCCGUGACUUGCCCAGCUCUGAAAUUAAUAUCGACAUUUUUAAUAAUCACCAGUCUUAGUGUCAAAACUAUCAUUAAAAUAUUCCCAGAUAGCACGAGGAUUUUGACCAAUGCUCGAAGAACUGUUACCUCAACUAUUUUCGAAUCGAUUUAUAGACAUUUUAAAUAUUUAACGAAAGUUUAUCGGCUUUAGACCCUUCAAUACUAACUUUUAGGUAUAUUCGAAUUGUUUACUGACAAUGAUAUUGAUUCUUCAACAGUAGUGUCGUAUCUUGAUCGAAUAAUUAAGUUAACUAAUCUGGAACAUUUGAAUAUCUAUAAUGCUAUACCAAAUAAUGGUUAUUUAUUUAAUGAAUUAUUAUUGCAGUUAUUAACAUCGCGACGCACACCAAUUAUUAAAUCGUUACAAUUCACAUCAUUUAGUAGUCCAUUUGAUGAUGAAUUACUCUUUAUUCGUAUGAGAAAAAAUAUCAAAAAAAUAACAUUAUGUGAAUGCAAACCGCUAACAAUUGAUUGUGUUCAUUUGUUUGCUGAUAUGUUUCCAAACGUUGAAUCGUUAUCAACGCGAAUUGAUCUAUUAGAAAUUGGGAGUGUACUAUCAAUUUUAUUGAAUAAAAUGAAAAAACUAUCAUCUAUAACACUGGAAUUAUCAAGAAUAAGAAAUGGUAAUAAUUUUAGUGAUUUGGAUGAAAAUAUCGUACUACAUUGGCUAAAAUUCCAUAUUAGUAAUCGUUCGUACACAGCUAAAUUCACUGAAGAUGGACUAUUACGUAUUUGGAUGUAA